AUGAAAUUCGCACUCCCUUUCCUUCUUGCACUCGCUCCAGGCGCUGCUAUGGCCGCCCCGAAGGGCGCUCCCAAGAAGCUGGAGGCACGAAGCGGAGGCUUCUACGAAUCCUGCCCGGAGAACAACCUAUACUACUCUACCCUCAAUUCGAAGUGUAAAGGUACAUGGACCAGUAUCGACCUCAAUCAUGUCAUUGGGAACCGCCAAGGCAAUCUGGUUUGGAGUGCUGGUUUCUUUUACAGCUGUGGCAACAUCUCCAAACCGGGGACGCAGUGUAGUCUGCAGUACGAUAAUCUCAGUUGUUAUUGUAGCGCCUCUGAUGGCACUGUCUACUGGACUUCAAUCAGUCUGAAUACACAUCUUGCCUACGAGAAUGGGAAGCUUUUCUACAACUAA